AUGGGUGCUUUGGAUUCACGCGGUUACUGGAUAGUCUUGGACGGGCUGUGCCGAGUCCUUUUGGUGCCCGUCACGUCCGUGGCACCGUGGUCAACGUUCCUGACACUCCGCCGUGGCGAGGCUGGCAAGGACCUUCGACUCCAAGCUACACUGCUGCAGGGCGAUGCUGUGGCAGCUCAGGCCUUCUUCGAAGCCGCCGGGCGCAUGUUGAUCAUACGUCUGGAGCUGAGGAGGAAUCGAGCCGUCGAAGCUUUUCAUCUCCUGUGA